GCUUAUCUGUCUUGUUCUGGAAGUGUAAUGUUCCAAGUAACUGCAGGCUGUCCAAUUUCAGAGCAAUUCUACAUUAUUUCCAUCAGCUGUUCAUUAACCGCAUCUAAAACAAAAAUAAUUAAGUAUCAGAGAAUAAAACAUCAGAGUUUUAGCACACAUUAAAAAGAACUAAUUACCAAAGUCAUAAUGGAAGACUUUAAUUGGUAUGAAGAUGCAGCCGAAAUUGACGUGGAGGAAUUUGAACCAGUGGAAAAAGACCGUUCACAAAUCAGCAAGUUUUUUGAUAUGCUGAGAAAAAUCUUUAACUACGCCAUUCUAGUAUGCGGUUCGGUGUAUAUUUUCAGAUACAUAUUUAACAAGUACAAGAUGACGAUAUUGGGCGUGAACUUAAACAUGAUACUUCAGUCCAUCGUUAUUGGCUGUGGUUCUUUCAACCUUGUAGUGUUGCUUGCACAGAUUUUUCAUCAAAUGCUGAAGAAACUCGGUUUUAAAGUGGUAGAAAAGCGGUUUAAAUCCAUCUAUAGGUGGCUAUCAGUCACAGUUUGGUUUUUGCUCUGUCUUUAUUUCUUAAAAUAUGUGAAAGAGGAUCUAAACAUCUACUAUAGGUACGUAAGAAGUUUCAUUCUGAGCGGUAUUUUGACAAGCACUACAUUCACGGGUGUGGCAUUGGCCAUGGAACUGUUUUAUGAGUCAUUCGUGACAUCGUCUCUACUUGCUAAAAUGAAGGAGGUUGAUAUGAAGGAAAAAAUAAUAUCUGCUAUGAAAAGCUACCGUUACGAACUCUCUGAGUCGUCAACAACUGAUGCACCGGGAUGUACAUUCAGCGAAAUUUUCUUCGGAAGAGAAACCGAAACCAACUCAGACACGAAUAUAUCACACAUCAACCUGAACAGGGGAGAUGAGGCUGUGAUAGGCAAUGUGUGCUUUAAGUCACCAGAGAUGCACAGUCUCCAUGAUGCCAAAACACUGGCCAGAGAUGUAUUUGAGAAGGCAACGAGUCAAAAGGAAAUGACUUUUAAUGAGUUUGCGGAUAUCUUUCCCAAUGCUCAAAUAGCUAUCCAGGCAUUCGCCUACUUCGAUGCCAAUGAUGACCGAACUGUUUCGCGGAAGGAGUUCAAGGACACAAUAAUCCAGUUCUACAUCGAUCGCGUCAACUUAGAAAAGGGCUUCGCAAUUGCCAAAGGAUUUGUUGAUAUUGUCAAUGAUAUUCUGAGUAUUGUGGUUUGCGGGUUCCUAAUUUUGGCCUACUUGGUUAUUUUUGGAAUACCGCUCAAAGAGCUGCUUGCUCUGGCACUGUCAUCAGCCCUCGUUCUCAAUUUUGCAGUCAGCGGGAUGGCAGUUGAUUUAUACUUUAAUUUCAUGGUGCUGCUCAGCCAUCCAUUCGAUCUUGGCGAUGAUGUUAUCAUUGACAGUACAAAUUACACAGUUUAUAAGAUAGGUCUGAAUUCCACAUCAUUUUUGGGCCGAAACGGAGGAAAAGUGAAAUUUUUGAACAGCGUACUUUGGAAGAAAACGCUGAUAAACAUGACAAGAGCCCCUGAGAAAGUGCUUUUGUUCUCGUUUAAACUGUCACCAGAUGUUAACACAGAUAUUUUUCGAAAUCUGAAGAGUAGAAUACACCAAUACCUAAAAACGCGAAAAUUUGACUUUUUCGAGGCUUUCUCGUUGGAGGCCAUUUCCGAAGAAGCCGUUGAUAUCAAUAAACUUGACUGUGCACUCAUCCUGAAGUGCAGGAGUUACAAAACUAAGGCGAGAAAGUUUGGAUUGAGGGUGGAGAUUAACAAGUUUCUCAGGGAAUUAUUUAACGAACUCGGAAUAAAAACAUUAUGAGAGAGCGUUUCGUAUGCAUCACUUGCUUUCCAGUUUUUCUUUAUUUUUUAAUUCAGUGAAUUUGGAUCAGAUCUAUAGUAAAAAAAAAUGGAAACGCAAGCAUCAAUUU